UUGUAAAAUGGCCAGAAAGAAAAAAGACUGGGUGCCCAAACAAGGAAAAUGGGACAGAAAAUCUUUAAGUAAAGCUGUUCAGUGUGUUAAAACGGGGAAAAUGACCAAGUUUAAAGCUUCUAAGAUAUUUGGCAUUCCAAGAACAACCCUGUCGAGGAGACUUUCAACAAUGGAUUUGGAGUCUCCAGCAUCAAAACCAACCACUCUGUCUAAAGAGGAAGAAAACUCUCUUGUUAGUCACAUUUUGGAGAUGGAGGAACGUGGGUUUGGUUUGACAAUAUCAGAUGUAUGUAAGCUUGCAUAUUCAAUUAUUGCACACUCAGGAAGAAAAAAUCCAUUUAAUGCAGACAAGAAAAUGGCAGGAUAUGACUGGUGGCAGGGAUUUCGAGACCGGCACCCAUGCUUAUCUCUCUGUAAACCUGAAGGUCUAAGUGCUGCUCGUGGUACUAUGCUUAAUCCAAAUGUAAUUUCAGACCAUUUUACCAAGCUAGGAGAUCUUAUGGAUAAACUCAAUGUAAAGUCAAAACCCCAGCAAAUAAUUAAUGCAGAUGAAACAGGAUUUAGUACAGUUCAUCAAACAUCAAAAAUUGUGGGGAGGAAGGGGAAGAAAGCCAUUCAUGCGAAAACAAGUGGUGAAAGGGGUGAAAACAUUACAGUUUUGUGUUGUGUAAAUGCUGAGGCCCAUGUUUUGCCACCUAUGGUGAUUUUCAAAGGAAAAAGAAUCAGUCAAGCUUUAAUGAGCAGUACCCCAAAGAACACACUGUUUGCAUGCAGUAAAAGCUCAUUUAUUGAUGGAGAACUGUUUGGAAUAUGGUUUGAAAAGAUUUUUUUGUCCAACCUCUCACCUCAAAGACCAGUGUUGCUGAUAGUAGAUGGCCAUGCCUCUCAUAUUACACUUCAUCUUCUGGAAGCAGCGAAGACAAAUGACAUUGAAAUAUUCUGCUUGCCGCCUCACACAACGCAUUGGACACAGCCACUGGACAGAAGUGUUUUUGGGCCCUUAAAGAAGGCAUACUACAAGCAUUGUGAAUCAUUUUUGAAAUUAAAUCCUGGCAGACAAAUAUCCAGAUAUGACUUUUGCGGAAUUUUCUCUCAUGCAUAUAAUGAGAAAAUGAAUAUGGUAAAUAUCUUUGGAGGUUUUAGAGCUACAGGUAUUUUUCCCUUCAACCCUCUGGCUAUUCCUGCAGAGGCAUUUGGGCCAUCAAAAACUUCUGUCUUAGUUUCUGUAACCAGCACUACCAGUGAGGGGGAAAUUGCAUCACCUGAGAACAUGGCAGUCUCUAUUGGUCAACCAACCCAGGUUCCAAGGAGCUCCUUGUCAGUCUCAGAAGAAAUUACAGAAGCACUUCAACUUCCAACAGUUGUCAAAGAACCAGCUCAAAGAAAAACUAAGAAAGUUCUUGGUGCAAGAUGUAAACAGCUUAUUAAGCCUACAAGUAAAUCAAAGAAGACUACAUCAAAGUCAAAGGAAAAUAUCCCUUCUCACACUGACACCAUUAAUUGCUGCUCCUACUGUGGGGGGUACUAUUAUGAUGAAGAUUCAGAUGAUGAGGACUGGGUUAAAUGUACUAGUUGUGAUGAUUGGUACCACGAAUCUUGCACUGGAAAAUAUGGACGCCAGCUAGAACAUUUUGUAUGUGACAAGCAUCGAUAA